CGUGAAAACCGUCGUUUUUGUUUGGCGGGGAACUGUCAGUUGGACGCUAUCAACGGGAAUAAUAGAACAAAUCCAAUUGGAUUUAACCCCGCAAAGUUGUUAGAAGAUCGUAUUGUGCCUUAGCAAGUGGAAGAAAGCCCAACAUCCAGCAAAAUGAGCGAAGGACUGACCGACAAGGAAGCGAAGGAGCUGCUGAAGCUGCCGGAUGCCGACACAAAGAACUUCCUGUUCCAGCAAACGAUGUACCGCAUCAAAGAUCCGCGUGCAUCGCUCCCGUUCUACAACGAGGUGCUGGGGAUGAACUUGCUCUGCAAGCUAGACUUCCCCGAGGCCAAGUUUUCGCUGUACUUUAUGGGCUACGAGGACAUUGCCAACCAGCCGUCCGAUCGUAAGGAAUGCGUUCAGUGGGCAAUGAGCCGGAAGGCGACCCUUGAACUCACCCACAACUGGGGCACGGAGAAUGAUGCCGAAUUUAAGUACCACAACGGUAACAGUGACCCGCGCGGCUACGGCCACAUCGGCAUCAUGGUGCCGGACGUGAAGAAGGCGUGCGAGCGGUUCGAUCGGUUGGGCGUCGAGUACGUGAAGCGCCCGGACGAGGGACGCAUGAAGGGUUUGGCCUUUAUUAAGGACCCGGACGGCUAUUGGAUCGAGAUCUUCAACGCAUCCACGGUGCAAGCGCACUAAAACAGUUGUGGUCUUUGUUUGUUUUUUAAUUGAAUUUAUAUACUUUUCUUUAUCAAGCGAUAACGUCGGAAUCGGAAAACGGGCAAAUAAUUAAGGCGUAUGCGGAAUGUGCAGAAUUAGAAGGGAGAAUAAUAAAAACCACCCAAGCAUAUUAAAA